AUGCAAUUUCAAAAUGAACAAUGUAAAAAAAAACAAAUUGAAAAAUAUGAUGAACAAUUAAAAUUUGUUAGUUCAGUUCAAUCAAGUGAAUUUAAAGCUAAAAUUGUUGAAACUAAAACAUAUGGUGAAAUAAUUGAAAAUGAAUUAAAAAAAACUUUAUGUAGAAAAUUUAAUAAGACAUGUUCAUUUUUUAACAUUAUUUUUACCUGA